GACGGGGAAGACGGGGCGCUGAACGUUGGGCGCCGGGUGUGACCCGGGACCCCUGUCUGAACGAAGCUUGCACGGGGAUGCGGCUUGGAGCCCGACGAUGGCACCGCCAUCGUACCAAAAUGGAAUGGCAAUUGUUGUUAGCGCAUUCGGGCCGUGUGCCAAACGUCUCGGUCAACGCGGCCUAGCCGUCACACAGGUUCGACAAAGGGACCUUGCGGUGACUGCUCUCGUGGUCUUCGUGCGUGUUUGUUUCCCCCUUCACCGCAAGGUCUCAUUGUCAACCCCCCAAGCUCACGGCCCCGGAUAUGUCCUUAAACCUCUUUCUAAUAACGCGCAAUUCUGACGCUAGCAUAUUAUCGUGAUUCGUACCAACAUGAUCGUCAAAGCAGAAUCUCCACCCGCCGAGGAUCUCAGGUCGUUCCACCUGUCUUUCCUCGACCAAAACGCAGUUCGAGUGUACACACAAACACUAUGCAUCUUCCCUUUCCCAGAUCAGAACAACGCCGAGGCGGCCAUCCACGCUCUCGACGCCGGACUGCGCCUCACAAUUCAAAAGUUCCCAUUCCUCGCUGGGAUGCUGAGCCUAGCCGGUGAUGGUUCCGGCAGACUCCAGCUUGAGUAUCCAGUUGAUGUCACGGGUCGAGAAGCGACGAAAGGCCUUUUUGCGGCCAAGCUGAUCGUCAUGGACGACUUCCCUCAUCAUUACGAGAGACUCAAAAAGACCGGAAUGCCUCCGAGCGCGUUCAGGAGUGCCACGUUUCUCCCGGAUGACUUUGCGAACUACCCAGGUGUUCCCGCCAAUGGUGAGGGCCUCUGUGAUUUCAACCAGAGUGAUGCUCCGGUCAUGAGGAUUCAAGCAUGCUUCAUUCCUGGUGGCCUUGUCCUGAGCGUGUACAUUCACCACAGCGUGCUUGAUUUUCACGGCAUCUCAACUUUCUGGGAGUCGCUCGCUGCAAACGUUUCUCACGUCGCACAGACGCAUGGUUCCAGGGACUCGGAUUCAGUGCCCCUAAGUAUAGCCGACUACCAAUCCUCCUUACGAGCUAAGCUCGAUGAGCGUGUGUCGUACAGUGGAGCGAAAAGCGCAACAGCAGACUGCUACUGCGAUGGCGCCUUCCGUUACAGGAAGACCUUACCAGACGACACCGAGUGCACACAACGACUGUUUGUUCUCCCUGCAGAGCGGGUCCGCAAGUAUCGCGAACGCCUGCGGCCGCACUUCCCGCUGUCAUCGCCACCCACAUUGUGCAAUGUCCUUGCUGCUCUGGUAUGGACGCAUGUUACACGCGCGAGAGCAGCUCGGCUAGCAAGGCACGGUUAUGUCCAGACCAAUUGUGGAAUCGCAACCGAUCUUCGCAUGAGAUGGCAGCCCCCGGUCGGUGCCGACUACACCGGCAACUGUGCAUUGUUCUCGAAAUGCACAACCGAGAUCUCUGACCUAACAUCUGAGGAAUGUGUAACGGAUAAAACCAUUCUUCACGUCAUUAAGAAGAUCAAGAAUACCAUCACGAGUGUGAACAAUGCCUGGAUCGACCGUCACUUUGCCUUCUUCAAAGGGCUGCAAGAGAUCAAAGACACAGAAUGCGCGCUGGCGCUGCGGUUCGGAUCUGACUGCUACAUUACGUCCUGGCUCAACUUCGGUGCUGACUACCGUUGGGGCAUUCCUGGUACCGACUUGGCUGAGGACUCCCUCGGGGGCCGACCCGAGUUCAUCAGGCGAGCAUACGGUCCCGGCGACGGCGGCAUUAUCUUCCUCCCGAGGAGGAGGCAUGUAGCUAACGAUGCCGAAGCGCCCUUUGAGAUCCUAGUCCGUCUGACCAAAGAGGAUAUGGAUCGCGUCUUGAACGAAGACGGUGGCUUAUGCAGCUGGUCUGAAGCUGUCGUCUUGUAGACUGCAGCUGACUUAUUACUGUCGGCAAACGCGGUUGGAGAUCGCUGUCUUGUCGACACUGUGGAUGUCUGGCCCUGUCGUGGCCUUUCUUGGAUGCCUGGUGCACCCUUGUUGAUGAACUCUUCUUGCAUAUGCGUCCUGCAUUUAUUAAAGGAUAUGGUUAUGGCGUUACAUCGCCACGGUAUGGCAACUGGGAAUAUCCU